CCAUCAGAGAGUGCCUGUGGUGAGAUAACUUUUACCAAACAUUGCCCGGAGAGCAGGGAAAUGUCGUUCUGUAGUUUCUUCGGCGGAGAGGUCUAUAAAGACCAUUUUCAAACAGGGGUUUAUGUCUGCUCCAAAUGUGAUCACCAGCUGUUCACCAGCCGCUCCAAGUACGAACACUCGUCUCCCUGGCCAGCCUUCACAGAGACCAUCCAUGAGGACAGUGUGUCCAAACAACAGGAGAGAUCUGGGGCGUAUAAGGUGCAUUGUGGGAAAUGUGGAAAUGGACUAGGCCAUGAGUUUAUGAAUGAUGGGCCAGGCAAAGGCAUGUCUCGCUUUUGAAUAUUCAGCAGCUCACUGAAGUUCGUCCCUAAAGAUAAGGUUGAUGGACAGUAAGGUGAGCCGUUAGAGGAAAAUGCUGCUAGAGUUGUAGCGGUUUCUCUGAGCUGCUGAAGGUGUGGACAGUAGAUGAAGUGUUCUGGGAUAAAGCCCAAUCUGGGAGCGCCAGGGCUCUGAAGAAUGAUGUCCACACUGAACAGCAUAAACAGAGGACUGGUCUCAACACUUUUUUACGAUGCAAUCAUCACCAUCUCAGCGUAGUCUCACUGUCACAGUCACUACAGAUUUUGAAACACUUAUUUACAGAGUUCGAGUUAUAAACUGAGCUCUAUGGGGGUCUUUAAGACUAACGUGUGCGCACACACACACACACACACACACACACACACACACACACACACACACACACACACACACACACACACACACACACACACACACACACACACACACACUGUUGCUUUUCUUGGAUUCACCCCAAGAACGGCAAAAGCUUUGAAUAUUGCUGUUUAUUUCUAACCCUGGUUUCAAAACCCAAGGAAUUGGUACUAAGAUUAGAUGACGUUUUCUGAUGAUAUGUUUUUUUUAUGAAGUCAAAUACAAAUGCAUCUACCUGCUGUGUUUGAUGUGCCAGAUACAGAACAUUAAUAAUAAUUCUAUUUUCACUCUUAAGCUUUAUGUACAUUGUUUACAAUGAUGGCUAUGCAAACUGAAAUAAAUCUAUUUUAAAAGAA